UUCCCAGGUCGGUCCAAGGGAUGGAGGCGUUCUGGAUGGCCUCCUUUUCCUCAGAGUUAAAGGCAGGGAUGCCAGGCUUCAGGCAGGGUGUCUACCCUUCUGACUGAGGAAGAGAAGUUCUCAGUACUCACUGUCUCUGGGUUGGACUCCAAAGUCUCCCUGAAGUCACUCCUGAAAGAGCUGCAGACCUCCUGUGGAGACCUGAAGGAACUGGAUGGACUGAAGGGAACAGAACAUUCUUUGCCUCCUUGGGAUGUCAAGAGCCUCCAGGUUGGACUCCAGACUUGCCUUGAAGUAACCCCUGAAAGAUUUGCGGAUCUCCUUUGAAGACCUGGGGGGAUUGGAUGGACUGAAGGGAACAGAAAGUUCUCUGUCUCUUUGGAUGCCAAGAGCUUCUGGGUUGGACUCCAAAGUCACUCCUGAAAGAUCUGCAGACCUCCUUUAAAGACCUGAAGGGAUUGGAUGGACUGAAGGGAAUAGAAAGUUCUGUCCCCUUGGAUGGCAAGAGCCUCCAGGUUGGAUUUCUCCUGAAGUCACUACUGAAAGAUCUGCAGACCUCCUUGGAUGACAGAUUUCUUUCCCAGUUAGGGGCUUGCUGCACUCUUCUACUCUUUCUUUCUUUCUUUCUUUCUUUCUUUCUUUCUUUCUUUCUCAGAGAAGGGGGCUGACAUCAAACUCACCCAAAGACCCCUUCUCUCAAUUUUCACUGGGCCCUGGAGGGGCCAAAGCCACACCUUGAAGAGCUGUAGGUGCUCAUUGGAGACCUGAAGAGAUCAGCCAGACUAAGGAGAAAAGGUUAUUGUUUACUUUUUCUUUUGAAGAGGAGUUGAAACAAACUUGCCAAAAACUCCUUCUCCAAAUUCUUUGUUGAGUCCUGAGAAGGUUGAAGAGCUAUUCCUAUUCUUUUCUUCUUCUUUUUGUCCAAAGGCCGCUUCUCCAUAUCUUCACUGAGCCUGGAAGGGUCGGACUUCUCUUCCUGGCCCUGAUCCAGCGCUCACUCCAUUCACUGUCCUUGGAGGGGAGUUUGGCCGGGCCAGGAUGUCCAAGGUCCUGGCGACAGGUGCUGGAGCGGGGCCUGGUGGGUCGGCUGCAGGGACGCCGGUGGCCGCAGGGACGCCUGAAGCGGGGUGUGUAGCAGGGCAGGCGGUGGCAGGGGCUGGGGUGGCUGAAGACCUCUCCAAGGUGGCCGAUGAGGAGCUGCUGAAGUGGACCAAAGAGGAGCUGGUUCGGAGCCUGCGCAAGGCCGAGGCUGAGAAGAUGAGUGCCAUGCUGGACCACAGCAACCUCAUCCGCGAGGUCAACCGCCGCCUCCAGCUCCACCUGGGAGAAAUCCGUGGACUCAAGGACAUCAACCAGAAACUUCAGGAAGACAACCAGGAGCUGAGAGACCUUUGUUGCUUCUUGGAUGAUGACCGACAGAAAGGCAAAAAAGUCUCCCGAGAGUGGCAGAGACUUGGCCGGUACAGUGCUGGCGUCAUGCACAAAGAGGUUGCCUUAUAUUUGCAGAAGCUCAAGGAACUGGAAGUGAGACAGGAAGAGGUGGUGAAGGAGAACUUGGAACUGAAAGAGCUUUGUGUCUUGCUGGAUGACGAGAAGGGUGGUGUUGCUGGCUGUAGGAACUCAAUCGAUAGCCAAGCCAGCCUCUGCCACCAAUUAAAUGCCACCACCGCCUUCAUAAGGGACGUCGGUGAUGGAAGCAGCACUUCCAGCACCGGCAGCACAGACAGCCCUGAUCAUCACAAGCACCAUGCAAGCUCAAGUCCUGAACAUCUCCAGAAAACGAGGAGCGAGGGGAGUCCCGAGCAUCAGAAGCACAGGAGCGCUAGUCCCGAUCAUCUCCCCAGACGCAGGAGUUCUGGAAGUCCUGAUCACCAGAAGCAUUUGAAAGGGCCAAGCCCAGAGCACCACAAAACACAUGGCAAAGGUGCCCCAGAUCAGCAGAAGCACAGCUGUAGCAGCCCAGAAACCUUGCCAAAGCACAUGCUGAGCAGUAGCCCUGAACAUUUUCAAAAACAUCGCCCCGGGAGCAGCCCGGAGCUCCAGAAGCACAGCGGAAGCGCCAGUCCGGAGCUUCAUCAAAAACAUACCUUGAGUGGAAGCACAGAGCACCUCCCCAAAGUGAGAGGCACGAGCCCUGAGCAUCUCAAACAGCACUACGGGGGAAGCCCUGAGCAUCUGAAACACUUGGGCGGUGGCAGCAGAGAAGGCACCUUGAGGAGACAGGUGGUGGAUGAUCUGUCACCCCAUCACAGAGGCCUCUACAAUGGAAUGAAUGAAUCAACAUUGUCCUAUGUUAGGCAGCUGGAAGCAAGAGUAAGACAGCUGGAGGAGGAAAAUCGCAUGCUGCCCCAGGGUCCCAUUAGGAGGUCAUCAGGGGCAGAUGGGAAUGUCUGCCCUCCAAGCCAUCCAGCUAGCAUCAAUGAACAGCCCUCUUCACCUUCUCAGCAGCCUGAAGUGGUGGUUAAUGCCCUCAAGGUUGUGUGGAGGAAACUUGGAGAUGCUGCCGGCUCGUGUCCUGGAAUUAGGCAACACUUGUCGGGAAACCAGUACAAGGGGCCCAUGUGAAUGGAUACCAAAACAAGGAAGAGUUUUGACUGCUGGUGGAUUUAAUCUAUUUGCAGCAACCUCAUUGCUAACAAUAAGAUAAUUGCAAUCACUCUGAAUUUCACCUCUGGAAAAUUGUACAGUCUUUUAUUUUUUAUUUUCCUUCCUCCUUUUGCAAAGACUUUGGGGCAAAGCAUCCAGAUCUCCAGGCACUCAGUAUAUACCAAGUAAUCCAACUCUGCUUCUGCCACGGAUAUUUUCAGUAUAAUAAAAGAAAUCCAGCUCAUAAUUUCAAGGCUUUUUGGAGACUUAAUCAAGGAGGAAAUCUCACAAGAGUGCAAGUACGGCAGUGGAGAGAGAGAGAGAGAGCAAAAGAGAGAGAACAUACACUGUAGUGGACUUCCAGUGACAUUUUCCCAGGAGCUUUUCAAUGGACUGGAGAGAUGCCAAUGAACUGUGCCUUGGGUCUUCACGGUUUGGAGGGAGGGGGUUUCUUUGAAGCUGUAGACUUGAGUGUAUAAAAUGUCAAUGGUGCUUAGGCCGACUGCACAGCAGAAAGUUUUUUCCCUUUCCAGUUUGUAGAAUAAUUGCAUUCUGGAGUGCUAAAAGCAAGAGAGAGUGAGAGGGCUUCAAGUCUCUCACUAAUAAUGUAGCAAAUGAAACUACAGCAUUGAAACAGAGGUAUCUCCUUGUCCCCACUCCUACCCAAAGAAA